GCUCGGCAUCGCGCUCAGCAGGCGCAGCGAGAGAGUGGUGGUGGGUGCUGCUCCCCCUCCCACACGCGGCACGUGUCGCCAUCCAGGGCAGCAGCAGUGCGCUCCGCAGCUCCGCGAUGGAGGGGGUGCUCUAGGGAGUUGGUGUUGGCGGCCUCGAAAGAGUCAAGAGGAAGGAGGCUCGAGGGAAGAGGUCGGCGGAGUGAGGAGGAGGCGGGAGUUGUUGCUCGUAGAGUUGGUGGACUUUCUGCUGGUCGAUCAAGAGGUGGUGGAAGAGGAGGAGGAGGUUUGUGUUGGUGGCGGUAGGAGACUGCACCUGGAGCAAUGGCAUCCGGCUCGGAGCGCCGUCUCCGCACAGGCGGAUCCCAGAACACGACUCCGCGCCCGUUUCACGCCGCCGCCGCCCUCCUGGAAUCCUACCCCAAGUUUUCGAGCGUCGCGGGGCCCAGCGGGACCCCAGGGGGACCCCGCGGGACCCCAGGGGGACCCCGACCCCUCCGCGCUCCGGUGAGGCCCACGGGUUCGCCGAGUCCACGCACCCCGCUGGCCACGACCCGAACCCCGACCUCGACCCCCGUGGUUCACUCCCCCGCUGCGAACAACCUGAAGCCCGUGGAGCUACGGUACCCCAAGACCCCUUCGACCCCUUCGACCCCGUCGGUCCGACCUAACGGACUCAGCCCGGCACCCGCGUCCAGUUUGUGGCCGCACGUCGCCGCCGCCACCACGGACCACAAGUUCCAGGGGUUUCGGGUACCCCAGCCGCCAGCCCAGCCCUCCAGGGCCCCCACGGAGGAGAAUCGGCCCACGGUCGCGAGGCCCUCGCCGCACGGCACGGCCGCUGGCGGGAAUGUGGCGCUAGGCCCGAAGACCACGGGCACGCCGCGCCACGCGGACUCUGAGAUGAGCGCCCCUGCUCCACGCACGCCGCUAAAAUCAAAGCCCGCCGCCGGUCUCGGCAAGGACCUGGCCGGUGGCGCCGGCGGGCCUGGCUCGCCCGGCCUGCAAAAGGCCGUGACUCCCAGGGCCCCCGAGCCAGACAAGGCUGCGAUCUCGCGGGCCAAUGGGCCCGGUAAAAUUGAGUUGCCCAAGGUUUUUGAGCCGGGCAAGACGGAGACCUCUAGAGAGCCAGGUCCCGGUAAGGUUGAGUUGCCCAAAGUCUUUCAGCUGGGCAAGAAGAAGACCCCGAGGGACUCGGGACCAGGAAAGAUUGAGUUGCCCAAGGUUUUUGAACUGAAAAAGUCUGAGACCUCAAGAGACCCAAAGCCAGUGAAGAUUGAGACUCCUCACGUGUUCAGACCUGGCCACAUUGAGACCCCUAGUGAUCACGAGCCAGGAAAGAUUGAGUUGCCCAAUGUAUUUGAACCAAGCAAGAAUGUGACCUCUGGCGACCCGGGUCCGGGUAAGAUUGAGUUGCCCAAAGUAUUCGGACCAGGUAAAGCCGAGACCGCGAGUGGCCUAGAACCCGGAAAGAUUGAAACUCCUAAAGCGUUUAGACCGAGCAAGACGGACGCCCUGUCGCCCACAGCUCCGGGAAAGAUCGAGACGCCCAAUAUGUUUAGGCCGAACAUUGCCGAGACCCCCAGGGCCCUCGCAGCAGGCAGAGGGGUCCCUCGCACGACCCCGACGCAGGCCACGCCGGGGCCCGGCCCGGCAGGCAAGCCGGACAUCCUGACCCCCAAGCCUCAAGCCACGGCGACGCCGGGACCGGCGACCGCGCCGGAGAAUGGUGCCGCGCGGCCCACGGAGGCCGCGGCUGCCCCAAACAAGUUGAGCUGGCUGUGGACUCGUCCGGCCGGGCUCCCCGAGCAGGCGGAAUCCGAGGAGGUGCACGAUGGGAUCCCCGCAGAGAGCCCCACAGAGAGCCCCCGCGCGAAAGACGCCCCUGAGAGCAGGGAGGACGGCGCGAGCGUGACCGGCGCGAGCGUGACCGGCGAGUGCGGAGCGGAGGAGUUCGACUCCCUGCUGUCGCCGUCGCUCCCGUCCUCCUCGCCCUCCGCCUCCUCGCUGCGGUCGCUGCUGGGUUCGUGGCCCGGGGGCAGAGCGCCGGACCCCGAGGGGAAUGCGGACGGGGACUCAAACCGGGACAAGGACUCGAAUCGGGACAGCGGCGUGGAGACUCAGGGCCUCCCGGGAUCUCCCGGGUGUGGGGUCCAACCCGAACCGCCGAACUCUCCGGAGCCGAUGGCAAGCGCGGCUCAGAAGCUGCACCUCACUGCCAUGGAGCUGCUGGAGACGGAGAGGACUUACGUGAAGAGGCUCAGCCUCCUGGAUGAGGUGUUCCACAAGCAGCUGCGGGAGGAGGCGGAGAAGGGGUCGUUUUCGGUGGACGUGGUGUCGCAGAUCUUCUCCAACCUUCCCUCCAUCCACAGCUUCCACCGCGACUUCCUGCUGCCCGAGCUUGAGCAGCGCAUGCAGGAGUGGGACACGAACCCGCGCAUCGGGGACAUCCUGCAGAAGCUGGCGCCGUUCCUCAAGAUGUACGGAGUCUACGUGAAGAACUUCGACGACGCCCACAAGCUGGUGUCCACCUGGACCACCCAGUCGUCGCGCUUCGCCGACAUCGUCCUCGACAUCCAGCGGCAGGCGGAGUGCAUGAACCUGACGCUGCAGAACCACAUGCUGGGCCCCGUGCAGCGCAUCCCACGCUACCAGCUGCUGCUGCAGGACUACCUCAAGCGGCUGGCACCCGGCGCGCCCGACCGCCCCGACGCCGAGAAAUCGCUGGAUCUCAUCGCCACGGCCGCCACGCAUUCCAACAGCGCCAUCAGGCGAAACGAGCACAUGCAAGCGCUGCUGCGCGUCCACGAGAUGCUGGGCGGGGAGGUGACGGACAUUGUGUGCCCCGACACGGAGCUGCUCAAGGAGGGAAUCAUCCUCAAGCGCUCCGUGCGCAUCGGUGUCCCGCAGGAGCGCUACCUCUUCCUGUUUAACACCAUGCUGCUGCACUGCGUGCCCAAGUUGUGGUCCAUGGGCCAGCGCUACAGCUUGAGGACGCGGAUCAACGUCAGAGACCUCGAAGUGAAGGACGUGAACCAACACGACCAGGUCCCCACGUUCCAGGUCUGCGGAGUCCAGAGGACCAUUGACUUCCAGGCUCGGACGGAGAAAGAGAAGCAGGAGUGGAUGAAGGCCAUUAACGAGGUGAUAAAGACGUUCCGCGAGAAGGAGGAGACCUUCAUGGGCCACAAGAAGGACGUGGUCGAGGGCCCCAGCGUGUCGAGCCCCCCCGCGACCCAGGGGCUGGAGCUGGGCCAGCGUGCUCCCAUGUGGGUGCGCGACGUCAACGUCACGCUGUGCAUGGCCUGCCAGGAUCCGUUCACGGCGCUCACGCGCAGGCGCCACCACUGCCGUGCCUGCGGGAAGGUGGUGUGCUUUAAGUGCUCGGACCACCGCGUGCUGCUGGCAUACGAGCCGCGCAAGCUGCAGCGCGUGUGCUGGACCUGCUACGCGCAGCUCACCGAGGAGGCGCGCACCAGCACGGCGGCCAUCAAGAACCGCAACAUCCUGCAGAAGCAGAGUGCCGAGGAGGCGACACGGGAGAGCAUCAUCUGCGGCUCGCUGCACUUCCUGGAGUGUGGGGGGCGGCAGAGCUGGGCGCGCGUGUGGUGCGUCAUCCCGCGCAGCGACCCACUCGUGCUCUACGUCUACGCCGCUCCGCAGGACGUGAGGGCGCUCAAGACGCUGCCGCUGCCGGGCUACGAGGUGCGGUCGCCAGCGGCGGGCGACGGCGUGGACGGCCGGCGGGCGCUCGUCCUGGCGCAGUCGCAGCGCCGCCUGGGCCUCGCGGCCGACACGGACGCGCUGCUCCUCUCGUGGAGACGCGCGCUGGAGCAGGCGGCGCUGGGACAGGUGCCGGGCGUCGAUGAGGACGACAGCUUCUCGGACGACGACGACAGCGACGGGCCGGAGGCGGGACCCGAUGGUGCCGACUGAUGGCGAUGGCGGCGAUGGCGAUGAUGAUGAUGACGACGCCGUCGAUGGUACAUUCGACGCUUCUUCACGUGGACUCGAAGUGCACCUAGCCUGGGACAAGCGCUGUGGUGACGUCACCGUCACUUGAUGGCGAAUGGAGGCCAUCAUUGUUGGUGGUACCCAGCGACACUGGUGGUACUGUUGGUGCUGAUGGCGAUGAUGGUACUGAUAGUGCCAAUGGUAAUGGUACGGAUGAUGCAAAUGGUAUGGAUGGUUACUGAUGAUGCCGAUGACGCCGAUGACGCCGAUGAUGUGCCGACAAAGUAAUUGCACAGCUGUCGUAGCGUCCGAGUCGACGUGAGCUCGGUCACGACGGUCGCAACCCACCAUCUGCCGAGCUGCGCUGCUCGAAGGGAAGAUCGCGGUGAUCGUCCCGUGUCGCGUGGGGAGGGGGGGGUCUACUCGGUCCUGCCAUAGGAACGCGGAAUGUCAACCGCCGGAUUAGGACCGGCGGAGCAAUGGAGCGUUGCCAAACGGCCCCUACUGGGCAUGGAAACACGUGCCUCAGUAUUGACACAGAUGUUGACGACGAUGACGACGACGAUCGAUCAAACUACGACAGGGCGCCGGGAUCGUUGCGGUGAGGUGUAAGAUGCGUCGGGAUGCUGGGGUAUUGAAGGAAUGUCCUGCGAAUGCAAAUCCACCUCCCCUCGCGAUGACGGAGCCGGCCGGGUGCCUCGGCGGGCAGAGCGGCGGUGAGUCCACAUCCCGGCUGCGGGUCGCAUCGGCCCAUCAUCAUCCCUCCGGGGUCGAUGAAAUGAGUGCCGCUUUGUGGAGGAGUCGACCCACAGCAGUUGUCGUGUUGUCGAGACUCGGCCCCGCAUGGGGGGGGGGGGGGGGGAGCUUCCACCCCCGACUCUGGCGGGGCUGCAAACAGGAAAUGGCCACAAGUGCCUCAAUGCUCAGUUGAGCACGAAUCCACUUUUUUAAACGACGAUGAUGAUGGCGAUGAUGUUGCGUCGAAUUGGGAGUUGGGUUAGGAAUAAGGGUACGUACGGUUUGAUGUAAGGUCAGGGGUCAGAGUCAGGGAUAGUCAAUGUAUGGGUACUGUGUGUGUGGUAGUGUAUGGAGAGUCGUAGUUUUAUGCAUAGGGUAAGGGUAGGGGUGGUGUUAGUGUAUGGGUAGUGUUAGGAUUAUGGGUAGGGUUAGUGUUUGUGUAGAGUAUGGGUAGUGCUGGUGAGAAGCCUGUGCAAUAUGUGUGCGUGCAUUGUGUGUGCGUUCUGUGUGUGUGUGUGCGUCUUUGUUGUCGGGAUUUGAAGCCAGGGACUCGCGUUUCCUCUGCAUGUGGCUGGGCGCUGUGAACUCCCCCGCGUAGCAAGUGGAGAGGGCUUGCAUCUAAUUGGCCAGCGUGCCGCGGGUUAGCACUCGCCUAUGAUUGGCUAGCGUGGCCAGGCUGGCGCAUGUCUCGGGCUCGUGUGCUCAGAGCAAUGAUCUGAUCACGUCGUGCAGCUUUAGCCACGCUCUGAUUGGCUAUUGCAGCUAUAGCCACGCUCUGAUUGGCUAUUGCGGCUAUAGCCACGCUCUGAUUGGCUAUUGCAGCUAUAGCCACGCUCUGAUUGGCUAUUGUGGCUAUAGCCACGCUCUAAUUGGCUAUUGUGGCUAAAGCCACGCUCUGAUUGGCUAUUGCAGCUAUAGCCACGCUCUGAUUGGCUAUUGUGGCUAUAGCCACGCUCUGAUUGGCUACUGUGGCUAUAGCCACGCUCUGAUUGGCUACUGUGGCUAUAGCCACGCUCUGAUUGGCUAUUGUGGUGAGAGCCAAUAUGGCUGUCGCUAAUCUAUGAUUGGCCAGUUUUGUUAGCGCCAAGUCCAGUCGUGGUUAUGGUUCAUCUCUGAUUGGCUAGUCAUGAACGCAGUAAUCUCUGAUUGGCUAGUCAUGAACGCACUUAUCUCUGAUUGGCCAGCUUUGCUAGUGCUAAUCUCUGAUUGGCUAGUCAUGAACGCACUUAUCUCUGAUUGGUCAGCUUUGUUAGUGCUAAUCUCUGAUUGGUUAGUCAUGAACGCACUAAUCUCUGAUUGGUCAGCUUUGCUAGUGCUAAUCUCUGAUUGGUCAGCUUUGCUAGUGCUAAUCUCUGAUUGGUCAGCUUUGCUAGUGCUAAUCUCUGAUUGGUCAGCUUUGCUAGUGCUAAUCUCUGAUUGGCCUCUUCGCUCUCGCGUUAGUUCCACGGGGGGGGGGGGGG